AUGGCCAAGAUCGGCAAGGUCCACAUGACUUUCUAUCCAGGCGGUGGCGACGAAUGGGAGGAAGAUGAGGCAGUCAGCAAUUUUCUUACGACAGGCAAGCCGAAGUUUCGCAUAAUGCAAUGCACUUCGCACACGGAGCGUCUCCAACUCGCAUUGUUGGACGAAAAGCACGGAAUGGACGCAGCUUUCCUCGAUGCGAAAGAGAAGUCCUUCCUGGAUGCGAUGAGCCAGGAUGAAAAGCGCAGAAUGUUCUCUCUCACAGAUGAGGACAUGGAGAGCUUGGACGAAACAAAGGAAGGCGAAGACAUGAAAAUGCCAAGCUUGCCAUCUUCGUCCUCGUCAUCACAACAAAAGAAGACGCGUCCCUACCCUUUGUCAGAGCCUGUGGAGCACCCGGGGGAGGUAGCAGACAUCAUCAAGGACACUUUGAGCCGGCUCUUCAAAUGGUAG